GGGCGACGAGGGGCACAGCCUACGCCCCCCUCUUCCCGUGGGGCCGGCACCCGCGACCCCCCGCCCGGGGCGGAAGUGACGAGCCCCGGCUCAUGCCAAAAUGUCGGCGCCCAGGGGGAGCUAGGCAUCCGUGGGACUCGGCGGGGAUGGAGCGCUAUGGCACUGAUCUGCCCGGGGGACUGGGCACCGGCUGGGCAGAGGAGCCCGGGCAGCCCCCCGGCCGAGCACCUGGCACCAUCGAGUGCAUGGUGCCGUGCUUGGACCCGGAGGACAGCCCCAACGGGCUGGCGCCAACCCCGCUGAUGGACAAUGGGGCGGGCGCCCGGGUGCCCUUCCACUGCUCCGAGUGCGACAAGAGCUUCCGGUACCGCUCGGACCUGCGGCGCCACUUCGCCCGGCACACGGAACUCAAACCCUUCCAGUGCCCGCACUGCAGCAAGAGCUUCAAGCACUCCUUCAACCUGGUCAACCACAUCCGCAGCCACACCGGCGAACGCCCCUACCGCUGCACCGUCUGCCCCAAGGGCUUCCGCGACUCCACCGGCCUGCUCCACCACCAGGUGGUGCACACGGGCGAGAAACCCUACUGCUGCCACGUCUGCGAGCUCCGCUUCUCCUCCCGCAGCAGCCUGGGCCGGCACCUCAAGCGCCAGCACCGACCGCCCCCCGGAGGGGUCGCCCCCGAGCCGCCCAGUGCCACCCGCUGCCUGGAGCGCCUGUGCGGCCAGGGGCGGGCGGCCCCCUAUGGCUGCGGGGCCUGCGGGCGCCACUUCCGGCUGGCACCCGAGCUGGGGAAGCACUGGCUGGCUCACACCGACAUCAAGCCCUUCAAGUGCCCCGACUGCGAGCGCGACUUUAACGCCCCCUCCCUGCUGGAGCGCCACAAACUCACCCACGCCAAGGACCGACCGCUGCUCCUACCCUGCCAAGGCUGUGCGGGCAAGGGGGCCCCGGGGCAGCAGGAGCCGCAGGGGCCGGGCUGCCCGGUCUGCAAGCCCCAGGACACCCGCCCCCUGGACAGCCUGUACCAGUGCGAGUGUGGCACCUUCUUUGCCAACGCCGGCGCCCUGGCCGCUCAUCUGGCGGCGCACACGGGCGAGGCCUCCUUCGCCUGCGGCAUCUGUGGCAUGAGCUUCAGGGCCCUGCCGCCCCUGGAGUCCCACCAGCUGAGCCACGCCAUGCUGCUGCCCCCGGAGGGUGCCCCCCAGCCGGUGGCGACGGGGCCUGUGCCGCCAGCUGGCGGGGAGCUGGAGCGCCACCUGCUGCCGCGGCUGGAGCUGCGGGCUUUCCCCGCCCGCCCUGGCAAGAAGCUCUACAAGUGCACGGAGUGCGAGAAGUUCUUCCGCAGCCCGCGGGACCUGGACCGGCACGUGCUGGUGCACACAGGCGAGAAACCCUACCAGUGCACCGAGUGCGGCAAGUUCUUCCGGCACGAGUGCUACCUGAAACGGCACCGGCUGCUCCACAGCGGGGAGCGCCCCUUCCAGUGCAGCGUCUGCCACAAGGGUUUCAUCACCUUCAGCAACCUCUCCCGCCACCUCAAACUGCACCGUGGCAUCGACUAGCCGGGCGGGGCUCCUGGCAGCCCUGGCCGGCCUGCGCGUCCUGCCUCCCACCUCCGGCUCUCCCUGCUGGCGUAGCCACAGGCUGGCAUGUUCUGCUCGGGUGCCCUCUUGGUGUUGGGCCGCGCACACCGGUUUGUUAUUGCAGGGUCUCUGGCACAUGUCAGUUUGUUAUUGUAGGGUCACUCAUGAGCGCUGGGCUGCACAGAUCGGUUUGUUAUUGUAGGGUCUCUCUGCACCUGCCGGUUUGUUAUUGGAAGGUCUCAUUGCACAUGCUGGUUUGUUUUUGUAGGGUCUAAUUACAAAUGGCAAUCUAUUGCUGUAGGGUUACUCAUGAGCGCAAGCCAGUUUGUUUAUUGCAGGAUCACUCAUUAGUGCUGGGUUGUACACAAUGGUUUGUUAUUCUAGGGUCUCAUUGUACACGCUGGUUUGUUAUUGUAGGGUCUCACUACGUAUGCUGGCUCGUCAUUGUACGGUCCCUCAUAAGCUUGGGACUGCACAGAGAAAUGUUAUUAGAGGGCGUUGGGACUGUGUGGGCCAGUCUGUUAUUGCAGGGUCUUUUGAAAGUGCUCACACCGCUGUGUGCCCUAGGCUAGUUAUCAGGGGGUUGGUUUCAGCCCUGCCUUGCUUCCAAGGGACAGAAGACCCAGCAGGCACUUAGAAUGAAUAUAUUCUAUGGGGGAGCUAUCAGGGGAGGGAUAGCUCAGUGGUUUGAGCAUUGGCCUCCUAAACCCAGGGUUGUGAGUUCAGUCCUUGAGGGGGCCAUUUAGGGAGCUGGGGCAAAAUCAGUACUUGGUCCUGCUAGUGAAGGCAGGGGGCUGGACUCAAUGACCAAGGUCCCUUCCAGUUCUAUGAUAUAGGUAUAUCUUUAUAUAUAUAUAUAUAUAUAUAUAUAGGGAUUCUGCACUGAGACUAUUGCCUGCACCGCCCAGCAUCCCCACUAGGGGUCUCUAUACAUCCAGGGCCAUAGUGUCUCCUGGACACUAUCCCUUCCUGCAUUGCUCUGCUCAGUGGUUUUGCCCCAUGUGCCCCCAUCUCUGCCUUGUGACCCCCUGUCAGGGACCCUCUCUCAUCAGUUCACACGAGCUGGGGGUCUGGCUCCAUGGACUCAAUGGAGCUACGUCCAAUUUAUUCCAGUUUAUGAAUCUAUCAUCUAGGGAGAGCAGAAUAUUGGAGCCACGGGGGGAAUUUUAAGGCCGAGGCUGGAGGCUGCCCCAGAGACUAGGCAGGGCCUUUAACAUACAGACUCGGACCCAAUUGGACCAGAAGGAAUCUCCAGAUUCUUCCCUGCACCGCGGUCCGUGCGAUACCGACCCAGGCAGCCUCAGCUGCCACACUGCCAUCCAGCCCGUGUGGAGGCGUCGGCUUGGAUCCCACCGCUGACACCAAAUCCUUAGUGAUGGCCAAGACCCCUUCACGUGCACACACAUCCUAGUCCGCACUGGUGACUGGAGAACCAGCAAGCCUGUGAGCUUGGAUCUAGCCCUGCCUGUCUUUUCGACUGCAGGAUGUGGGGGUGUCACUCAGGCGCCCCUCCUCCAACCUUCCACAUGUCCUCUCACCCAGCUACAUCCUGGGGGGAGGGAUAGCUCAGUGCUUUGAGCAUUGGCCUGAUAAACCCAGAGUUGUGAGUUCAAUCCUUGAGAGGGCCAUUAGGGAACUGGGGUAAAAAUCUGUCUCGGGAUUGGUCCUGCUUUGAGCAGGGGGUUGGAUUAAAUGACCACCUGAGGUCCCUUCCAACUUUGAUAUUCUAUGAAAAGAUGCUUCUCUCCCAUUGCACGCUGGUGUGUUAUUGUAGGGUCUCUCAGUUGUGUGUUCCACACCCUUUGGUUAUUGUAGGGUCUCUCAUAAUGCCAAGGGUCACACUUGUUAUUGUAGGGUCAUUUGCAGACAUUGCCAGUUCAGUACCACAGGGAAACUCCUGUGCUGCAGAUGCUGGUUUAUUAUUGUAGGGUCCCUCGUAAACACAUGGUUGCCCACACUGGUUUGCAGUUGUGGGAUCUCUGCUGGACACUAGGCUGCAGCCGCUAGGGCUUGUUAUUGUAGGGUCUUCUCAACGCUGGGCCGCACACAUCAGCUUGUUAUUGUGAGGUCUCCCAGGAGUGCAGAUCUGCGGACGCUUUGCUCAGCUGCAGAAGGGACACGGCGCUGGUUUUGAGGGGAGGGGAGACAGACACCGGAGCCGGAGGUGGGAAGAGAGCAAAUCUCAGAUUUUGGAUUGACUGGGCCUUCCCUGUCCCUUGGCAUGCGAUACCCUGCUGUGGCGCCAACUCUAGUUCCCAAGAGCCAGAUCCCCGUUUUUUGGUUUCAAAUAGUUUAGUGUUGUUUUUUUCUCUCCCUUUGUUUGUAAAGAAUCCCCCGAACUCCCCUGCUGAGAAGCUCGACACUGAAAAACCAGGAAAUAAAAAAACUCUCUCCCUCUCCUGACCAAGUCCCGGCUUUUA